UGACGAGUGGCCGCUCCCCUUCCCGGUGCUGGCAGGAGAGGGACGAGGAGCAGGAAGAGGAAUAGGAGAAGGCAGAAUAAUGAAGCCGAACCGGCACUGUCUUGUGAGAUUAACAGGGCUCUUGUUGACAUCAUUGGCUGCUUGGUAUUUGGGAUUCUUCAUCGCUGUUCGGGUACCCCAAACGACAAUAUCUAAUGCUGAAUUUCAAGGCAUCAGAAAGAAACCAGUGUUGAGGGCCCCAGUCCCCAAAAGGCAAAAAUGUGACCACUGGAGCCCCUGCCCACCUGGGAAUUAUGCCUACCGGAUCCUCAGUGGUGGGGGCAAAGGAAAGAUGGCUAAAAUCUGUUUUGAGGAUGAGCUGCUCAUAAGUGAAGGGAAUGGUAAUGUUGGAAGAGGUAUAAACAUUGCCACUGUGAAUUAUAAAACAGGAAAAGUUACAUCAACAAAAUUUUUUGACAUGUGGACAGGAGACCACUCGGGAGAGAUGAUGAGUUUCAUCAGGAAUGCCCAGGAAGGGACCCUCCUGCUGAUGGCGACUCACGAUGAUGGAAGCGCCUUGUUGAAAAAUGAUGCCAAAAAAUUAGUAGAAGAACUGGGAAGCAAAGAAAUAAUGAAUAUAAAGUUCAGGUCAAGCUGGGUUUUUAUAGCUGCCAAAGGCUUCAAGCUCCCAGAUGAUAUCCAAAAAGAAAAGAUAAACCACUCUGACCAGAAGACCAACAGAUACAAUGGCUGGCCAGCUGAAAUCCAAAUAGAAGGCUGUAUCCCAAGAAACCUGAUUUGA